AUGUUGAAUGUAGCCGGGAAUUGUUUUACUGCACUGCAUCAUAGAAACAGAGUUGGCGAUCUCUUAAACGUUUUCAUGAUUACAAAUCUUUCGAAAUCAAGGGAGUUCAGAGGCCCUGGUAUAGGCUCUGUGGCCUUGCUUGCAAAGUCUAAUGAUCGGCUUACAACUUAUGAUCACUGGGAUAAAAUACACAAAAUUGACGAAUUUAAAACACAGUUGUGUAAAACCCUGAACGAAUACAAAGCAAACAAACAACGAGCAAUAUGGGAGAAUGACACGCUUGAAAAUCAGAUCAAAGCAGAGACACUUCGCCGUUUUCACAAGGAAAAGAUGAAAGAAGCAGAAGAACUCAAUAAAAAGAAACAGGAGCUGAAAACUUUACUUAAAAGUGAUGAGAAAGAAGUUUUAACGCAGUGCAAAAGUCCAAGUGAAGAGAAGGCUGAGCGUUUGGCAGCAAUGAAAGCGAGAGCUGAGUUAUUAGAGAAACAAAGGAAAGAGGCGAAUGAAAAAAUUGCACGUGAAAAAUAUAACCAGCUUCUUCGUGAAAAAUGUGAUGCCUUACGUCAAGAGGUGUCUAAACGUAGAGCUCACGAAGUAGCCCGUGACCGGCUUAUUCAAAUCGAGAUGAAAAGACAAGAAAAACUCAUGGAAAAACAACAAAAUGACUAUUUAAAUGAAUUGGCGCGGUCUAAUGCAAAGAGUUUUUCAGAGGAAGAGAACAAAACAACCGUUAUAGAGGAGAGAAAAAAACUUGCCAGCUUUUUAAGACAACAGAUGGAAGGAAAAGAAAAAGAGAAGAGUUUAGCGAAAGAAGAGAAGCUGAACCAGUCAAAAGCCCUGGAAGAAUUCAAUAAACUUUUAGAGCAAGAGAAACAGGAUGAAAUUGAAAAGAAAAAACUGAAGAUGUUGAAAACCAGAUCAGAUUUGGACAGAUGCCUACAGGAUAAAAUGCAAAGGAAGGCAGAAGAAGAAAAUCUGAAAUCUGAAUUAGACGGUCUCUUUGCUUCUUUAAUUCAGCAGGCAGGUGAUGAAGAAGAUUCUGGACAGAAGAAACAUAAGGCUGAUUUGAAGAAAGAGACACUACAAUAUCUGGAGUACGUUCGUAAAUCGAAAGAGGUAGAAAAAGAGUAUGAAAAAGAAAUAAACAGGAUAAUUGAUGAACAUAUUGCUAAACAGCAUAAACUUAUGCAUGAUAAAGAACUGAAAAUUGGAACAGCUAGAGAGAAUUUGAAAAAUGAAGUGACUGAAAUGUGCAGACAACAAAUAAUGGAGAAAAAGAGAAGACAUGAUGAAGAGAAAACAGAACGUGUUAAUGAAGCGAAGAAACUCAGUGAAUUAAUUGAACAAAUAAAAAUAGACUCUGAAAAUGAACUACAUCAAAGACGUCAAAAUAUCGAAACAUAUCGUGAAGCACUGGAACAACAGAUUGCUGAUCAACGACUACGAUACCAGCAACUUGUAGCUAAUAGACAGCGUGAAUUUGAAGAACAGAGGCAAGCGGAGGCUGAAAUCAAUGAGCUUAUGGAUCAAAUAGCCCAUUCCAAUGAAACUGACUAUAAUAGGCAUCCAUGGCAGAAACUUUCUGCAAACAACCAUGCAGAUAUACCAGUGUGGGAUGGUAAACUGACAAUCUCUAAAUUCGCCACUGCAAGAUACUGAUUAGGCCUAGAAAAUCAC